CAACAACAGCCUCUCUCAUAGAUUCUUAGCACAGCUUAGCCGCUUAAUUAGCAAAGUGCUGACUAAUUCUAAACAAUUAAAGCGCUCUUUUGAAUUAAGAGCUCAGUCAGACUGUCGUUAUAGUUUGAGCUACAUUAGUAGCGAGCAAACAUAUAAAAUAUAUAUUAUGGCUGUCGUUAUGUGUCAGGCCGCGAUGACGAGCUAAUUGUGCGUUACUAGCGGUCUAAUAAACUUGCUGUUUUUUUUAACCACGCAUUAUUUGUACCACCAGCUACUCUGAAUGGCAAUGCACUGAAUAGCCUGUAUGAUUUAUAUUAACUUGACAUCUGCUGCUAUGUUAAAGGUGCAGUCAAACGUCUCAUUCAGAGAGGGCAAAAAAAGGAUGAUCUUGAAAAAGAUUUAACCAACAAUCAUAGACCAACAUGCCUCAAAGGAAGAGAGCCCUUGUUCCCAUUAGUACACGGAGAAGAGUUAAAGCUGAUGACGAUUACUUCCCCUUUAAUUCACUACCGGUGGAGUGUCAGCUCCAUGUGCUUUCAUUCCUUAGUGAGGUGGACAAGUGCAACUGUGCGCUGGUGUGUGUAAGCUGGGGUUGCUUAGCACGCUCUGGAAAACUCUGGAGAGUUGCGGACUAUUCUCGCCGUGGGGUGUUUCACCUCGGCCAGGAGGGUCAGCUUGUUUCCAACAGAGAGUUUGAGCGUUGGAAAUCUUGGGUACACCAUUACACUCAUCAUCUUAUAUCUCGUGGGGCCAGUUUGCUUACACUUAAGGCCAGUUUUGAUUUAGGGGACCAAUGCAAUAAAUGGGGAGAGCUCCUUUCACACCUGCUAGAGAAUGUCCAUUGCCGGGAUCUCUGUCAUUUAGAUUUAAAUUGGACAUUCACGCUGCUUGAGCCCCUAGACCUCCGUGUCCACACCAGCUCUAGUUCUCAUCAAGACAACAUUACCAAGAUUGACCAAGUCAAUAACUUCCAGAUUCUUCUUUCCAGACUUGUUCACAGCUGUCCCAGGAUAGCCAAAAUGCGUCUGCACUUUGACUGGUCUGAAACAUCAGUUGCGUUGAUUACUCAGUUUCAGCACCUCCGUAUUUUAGAACUGAAGUACUUUUGGGUUUUUAAAGGCGUCAGCCCAAACACUUUACAGUCACUAACUAAAUCGCUGCCUAAUCUUAAAUCCCUCACUCUCCAUGUUCUUGUGCCACUGCGGAACAUGGGCAUCUCAUACACCCUUGAAUCCCUUUCUCUUGAGUUCUUGGAUGUGUCACCCAGUCGUGGUCUGGUCUUCUCCUGCCUCAACCUCCCAGCACUGAGAGAGCUGCGGGCGAAAAAGAUUGUUCGUGGCAUAACUCUGGACCGUCGAACCAGACUCCGGAUACAGAGCCGAUGGCCUUGUCUGUAUCAAGUCUUACGUGACGGGACACCCAGACUACAGGCCCUUAACAAUGAAAGACUUCUUCCCAACUGGAAAGAGCAAAGUUACAGAGAGCUGACCUCAAUCCUCCAGCAGUCUUGUUACUGCCUUCAGCAUUUAGACAGCUGGCUCUGGUGAAACCAAUUCUUGAAACAAUCAUAGGCUACAUUUAAUGGCCCUAAGAGACACAGCCACAUCCUGACUGCACUUUGACAUGAAGAAAUUCAGAAAUAUCAUCAGAUAACCAUGAGCAUCUUUUCUAAUUAAAAAUACUUAGAGCUGGAAUCUAAUUAUGCACUAGCUUCCCCUUGCCAGCAACACAGGGGUAAUUUAAUUCAAUUUAAAUAUAGGUCAAUUUUUUUAACCUUCAAAAUUAUGCCUAAAAAGAAAACAGUGUUACAGUUUUGGCAUGUGUAGUGCUAUUAAGGUUUAAAUGAAGAGAUUUUCCAAAUAGAAGGCCUUACAGAAGUGUGUGCAUUUUUAGGAGCUUAGGUCAAUUCUGGAAAAUGAUUCUGCUGUGCAAAAUGAAGCCAGCUCUGGGGAGGAUAAAGCGGAUUGCAGCAAGCAUGUGUUGAUCACAUUGACAAGAACUCUUAUUCCUUACAUCAUUUGAGUCCUUUUGUAUUUCAGUAGGAAUAAUCAAUCAGUAGAUGUUUUUUGGUUUUAUUUUUUUGUUUGUUUGUUUUUUUGUACCUUUUAUUUCUGUGUAUCUCUGUCCUGAACUAGAUUUUAUUUUAAUGUUUUGAGUGUUCAGCAAUCUGUGACCAGUUUAAGCAUUUCUUAUAUUUGAUAACAUUCCUUUCUAUAUUUCAGGCUGUGCUCAAACAUUUCAGACUGUUUCAUUUUCAGACAAUUUUGCAGCAGUCAAACCUUAUUUUUAAUCUGUUUUUCUUUCAUAAACUGAAAUUUAAGUAGAAGGAUUUUAUUUGUAUUAAGCUUAAUGAUUGAGUAUUUUAAGGAUAUUCACAUAGGUGAGAAUAUGUAUUGCAUUGCAUCUUUGUUUAUCCAUCUUUGGAGAAAAUCUCUUACAUAAUUUAAAGGCAUAACAGUCUUUUAGUUUAAGGCCUUCGAAAGUAGUGAGACUAAAACCUUGUAACUACUUAAAAUGAAAUGUUGAGCCAUUCUUUAUGUUAUAAGGUAUCAGGUGACCAGUAAAUAAGCCAACACUGAAAUGUGCAGCAUUUUGUGCCAAGCAUUAAAGGAAUAUUCUGGGUUCAAUGCAAGUUAAGCUCAAUCGACAGCAUUUGUGGCAAAAUAUUGAUUACCACAAAAAUGUAUUUGGACUUGCCCCUCCUUUUAUUUAAAAAAAGCAAAAAUCUGGGUUCCAGUGAGGCACUUACAAUGGAAGUAAAUGGGGGCCAAUCUGUAACUUUAAAAUACUCACUAUUUCAAAAGAAUAGCCACAAGACAUAAACAAUAUGCAUGUUAACAUGAUUUUAGUGUGAUUAAAAUCGAUUUCUAACCUUUUCUGUGUAAAGUUAUAGGCAAUUUUGCAAUUUCAUUGCCAUGACGAUGUAAUGUCAACAAACCCUAUAAGUUUAAAAAUGACGAUUCACACAAAUUUACAGCUCAAGUAAUACAUUAUGUUUAACAGAAGAAUUAAUGUAAGUGCUUUUAUAAAUACUAAGCUUCAAAUUUCUGCAUUUAAACCCUCCAAAAUUUGGCCCCAUUUACUUCCAUUGUAAAUGUCUCACUGGAACCUCAUUUUUUGCUUUUUUUUUUUAAAAGAAACAGAGGGGCUUUUUUUUUUUUUUUUUUUUUGUGGUAAUCGACAUUAUGCCACAAAUGCUGUCGACUGAGCUCAACUUGUAUUGAACCUGGAAUAUGCCUUCAAUAAAGUUUGUCAUCAAGAUAAUUUUUUUCUUUAAUUUUAUGAAAUGAGAAUAUUGCCUUUUGCCUGAACAACUAAUAGACCAAAUCAUAUAAUUAAUUUAAUGUGGAUAAAAGAAACUUGUGAUGAACUGCAAUUGCAUUUACUUGUGAACAAUAUUAUCCAAUGGAUGAAAUGUGUGAUUUGUGUGCAGUACCUGUGAUAUGUGCUUGUCCACAGGAGGUCACAAUACUCUUUCCUUCCUCAACUGUUCUGUUCCUUUCUUGCCAUCCCUUAAAACACGUUUUCUGUUUUCAGCAGUGGUGCUGUGAUAAAAGAAUUCUGUGUACUAACUGGAAUUGGAACUGCUGGAAUGAAUUGAUAUGAUUUAUUCAUUUAUUAAAGUAAAACUUAUGGCCAUAUAUUUGUAGUGUGGACAAAUGGUCCACUAUUUCUUUCAAGUUCUGUUACAGUGUUAAUGUCAUUGUUACUUGUAAAUUAUAUCUAAAUUAUUUUAUGCUGACAUGAAUCAGUUAUGGUAACAGACUGAGUAAUAAUAUAUUUGCCAAAUCAGAUUGUUUAAAUUGUAGUAUAUUUGCUUAAAGCCUUUCUUAAUCCAGAACUGAAGAAUAGGUGUCAUAAAAUGGUUUUUAUUAAAGUUCAUAUUUAUCUUAUUUCUGUCAGCUGAAAACAACCAUGACAUGUAAAAACUAAUAAGAGGCCUGUCUUGGAUAGAUUAAGCUUACAUUUCCUAUACCAUGAAAGUUUCCGAAGAUAAGAAGUUCAUAAUAUUUUUAAACAUUUAAGGAACAUUUAAAGAAAUGUUCCAGUUUCAAUACAAGUUAAUCUCAAUUGACAGCAUUUGUGGUUGCCACAAAUUUGUUGAUUACCACAAAAAAUUAUUUAGACUUGUCCGUCCUUUAAACAAAAGCAAAAAUCAAGGUUACAGUGAGGCACUUACAAUGGAGGUUUAAAGACAGAAAUGUGAAGCUUAUAAUUUUAUAAUUCUUUUGUUAAAACUCGUGUUAUUGGAGCUGUAAAUAUGUUAACAUAGUUUUUAGUGGUCAUUUGAGGGUUACGCUGUGCAACUUUACAGUGUUACAUGGUCAUGGCAACAAAGUUGUAAAAUUGGCCAUAACUUUACACAGAACAGUUUAGUAAGCAAUUUUAUCACACUAAAAUUAUUUUAACAUUUACGGAUUUACGGAAGUGCCUGACAGUUUUUAUUUAUGUAUCUUUUUAAAGAGGAGGGGCAAGUCCAAUUUUCUUCUUUCUUUUUUCUUUUUUUUUUUUUUUUUUUUUUUUUUGUGGUUAUCAACAUUAUGCCAUUAUGCUUUUUCAUAGUGACAGCCUAUCUAUACAGUAUGUCUGUCUGUCUUCUAAAUGUCAUUGAUUAAUAAAUUAAACCAGGAAAUGAAACAUUUGUGAUGUUAAAUUAAACUGUUCAAUGACAAUAAAGAUAACUGGCCUUGCUGAUUAUGCAUCCCCAAAAGAGUUUGAGACAGAGACAUCUCUUCUGUGAGCACUGGACUCACAAUUGUUAAUGAACUUUCUCACAACACUUUCGUAGCAUCUUUUAAAAAACAUUCUUAAACAAUUUUUCUCUAUUGUUUCAGUGAGCAGUAUCUAAUUUUCAUUUCUGAUUUUGCCUGUACUUUUCUGAGCAAGUUACUUCCUCCUUAGGAUGAAUUACUAAUAUUAUUGUUUACCUCAUUUAACAUGUCUGUUAAAUGAAUAAAUGUAAAAUCUUAAGUUCCAUAUAACACAAUAAAC